AUGAAGCUACUUACAGCCAAUUUCUUGACGUGUGCGGUCAAAGCCUGCAAGGGAUCACCUGCGGCAUUCCCCCUCCAUUUCCGUGACGUCGAACUCGAGCUCCAAGAAGUUGAUUUCCAACCAGAAUUUAUUCGCAAUAUCAUACCCCGCGUCGAUUGGGAGGCGCUGCAUAGAAUGGGCACUGAACUCAAUUUCCCAAAUAUUCCAGAAACCAAGCCUGAAGGUGCAGCGCUUGAAAACGAACAGCUUCUUAGAGACCUUCAUCGGCUGCUGCUGGAGACACAGGUUGCCGAGGGCAAGCUUAUAUGUGGUAAUUGUGGCCAUGAGUACAUGGUCAAAGAGGGAAUCGCCAAUUUCCUGCUUCCCAGUCAUCUAGGUUCGAGAGUUUGUUCUUUUUUCUUAAGCCGGCGCUCACUGAUGUCUCCUCUCUUUGAAUUUAGUAUGAUUGCUCCUCCGUCUUGCCAGCCUGCCCAGUAUUUGAACAGCCACCUCUAUGCAACGAUUUACGAGUUACAGAGAAUUGAGUCAGAAACUUUACACACGUGGCUGGAUAAUUAG